AUGACCCACUCAGAAGCUUUCGGAAUCAUCUUUAAACAUAUUGAGAAUUUCUCAAAAACAUUGGACGGAUUAUCUAACCACAUCAAUAAUCGGAAACAAAAGGUAAAGUCAGUUAAAUUAGUCUCCGACAGCAACCAACCAAUUAAACCUAAACAACCUCUUCCUCCAAAAACAACACUCAUAGAACAAACUCCAUCCCCUGCACAUCCUUAUCGAACUGAUGGACCAUCAAACCAAAUAUCUAAAAUCAAAAAUAUUACACAUCCAACAAACAAAUCGAAAAUCAACAAUCAAAAUAAGACAACAAACUUCAUCACCAACACAAACCUCACCAAACCAAUUGAAACAACUUCAAAGCCCCAAAGUCAACCCCAGCUUCAAUCUAAGAGCCCACCUAUCAACACCAGCUUCAACCUGAAUGAAUCGCAAUCGUCAUACUUGCAAAUAGCCAAGACAGCCAAGAACAUUACAUUUGAUCCAACAAAAAAAACUCCGCAAAUCAAAUCCUACAAUACAACAACAACCAUGUACCCUCCUGCUAAAAGAGCUAAAACAAUUAACUAUUCUCACUGUGUAUCUAUUUACCUCAGUAAGCAUAUCGACUCAGACAUCACUGAAUUUAUUACAGAUGCAGUCAAAGAAAAACUUACAUCAUGGUACAUACCUAACGACAAGACGCACGUACUCCAACUUGUCUGUAACAAUCAUGAAGAUUAUGUAUCAACCUUGGGAAUUUUAAACUCACAAUCAACAAGAGACUCCAGUCCAUUCAAAUACGUUGUGACUCCUAUGAAUUUCUCACCAGCUGAACACACCCUCAAAUAUCAUACUUCAUCAUAUGACGAGAUGAUGAAGUAUACUACACACAUUAUCAAAAAUUUUUGGAAAAGAACUAAUGGAGUUAAAGAAACUAAUACCAGUUAUGACAGAGUCCAAAAGCUUUAUAAAAUCAGAAUAGCAGUUGAAUCUCUUGAAGAUAAAGAAUAUUUUAUGGCAAGGAAAUAUUCUGAAUACCGAUCCAUUGACCAGAUCAUAACAGAAUCUAAGCUUAACUGCUCUUGCAAUUUUUCAUCCCUCUACACAGAGAAAGAUAUCAAAACUGCGAUACAAAAGAUGGUGGAAAAAAGCAACUCCAAUUACAAAGCAACUAAUGUUGCAGAAUUGGAAAAAAUUACAAAAUUCCCAACAAGUAUCACUCCACCAAAUGGCACAAAACCAACCUCAAAAAAACUCAUAUCUACAACCAAAUAUUUGGUAGAAAAAUUCAAAAAACAACAAGAAAACGAAGUGACUGGUGCAACCAAUAAUUUCCAAUUCAAUAAUGACCUCUCAGCAUUAGAAAAGAAUCACAAAUCACUUCAAGUAGAAUGUACUGAAAACUCAAUCAAACUGGAAUCACAUUCUAAACAAAUACAAAACAUCACCAAUACACUAACAGACCACACAAAAUCCAUACAGACCAUUUUUGAAAAACUCAACGAAAUAGCUUCCAAAAUGGAAAAUAUUGAAUUACAUUUGACAAAACCGUACCAUCAAUUAAUUCAUGAAUCCAAGGAUGAUGUAGAAGAUGAAGAUGAUGAAUCUUAUCACCCAAAACCAAAUGAAAAUAGUGAUGAUGAAAUGGAAUAUGACGAAGAAGAAGAUAUAGUAGAACCUAGAAGAGGUGAUAAACCUCUUGGAAAUAAGAACAAUUAA